ACCGAUGGAGGGGAUUUUUAACAGUAAAGAUGAUCCCUUGAGAAGAGAGAUAAAACAGUACCAUCGGAUGUAACUCGACAGUUGAAAACAAAUGUUUUAAAAACUCUCAAGAAAACCUGUCUCAGUGACAAGGUGUAUGCGUGUGUGUGCAUAUUUACAAGACCUCACGCCAGGCUUAUGAAGGAGUUUUUGUUCAGCUCUGAAGAGAAUAACUUUUUAGUUGCUCUAAUUUUGGCAGCUUGAAGAAUUCCCUGCAGCUGCCCAGCUCUGAGUUUAUUGCUAACAAGACACAUAGCAGAGCAGUGGUGAAAUUUGGAAACACGUUCUUCGUGAUGCGAAUGUGAAAAGUGGCCAAACUCUCUAUUUCGUUUUUUUCUUUCCUUCUUGGAUGGAGUUACAGCCACUUUUCAUCCUGUGAACUACCGCCUCUGACGGAAUAUUUAAUAGCAGCCUGCGAGGGAGGUGAAAACAGCGAGACCAGGUGUUUGUUUGGCCCGGACCAACUCUUAGUGUCCUCCAGCUGCUGGAGGUUCAUGCAGGCGCCUCCACACACGUCCUCUGGAGCGGCUUUGCAGCAGCCACCUGCCAGCGCGCUGCCUCCCGAGCCUCCCAAAGCCGAACCCAAAAAGCGGCGAGAAGUUUCCCGAGGUGGGCUCCGCUCCCCGGCAGCCACGGCGGGGGGCUUGCGGCUGCGAUUAAGAAGCUAAACCGAGGAAGAAAAGCCAACCCCCCUUCCUCCGCUCCCCCCCUCCACGCCCUGCGCUCCGUCCCCGAGCCGGCGGCCUCCCAUCGCGGCGAGGCGCGGAGGCUCCGCCGCCCCCCGGGGCGGGCCCGGGAGCAUCUGGGGGGGCUCCGGGGGAGCCUUCGGAGCCGCCUCCCCCAGCGGCGGAGCGGCGCGGAGCGGAGCGGAGAGGAGAGGAGGCGGCGGCUCCUUCCUCCUCCUUGCCUCCCUCCUCUGCCUCCUCCCCUCCAGCCCUGCCCGGAGCUUGCGGGGAGGGGGGAGAGGGGCCGGGGGGGGCUUCGCUUCCGCCUUCAGCCCGAGGAAACUUUGGCCGGGGGGAACGGGGGAGGAUGGAUGCCGGGGAGCCCUUCAACCAGUCGCGAGCUGGGGCAGAGCCGCCCCGCGGGGACUUGAACCUCUCCGGGCUGCUGGAGGCAGGGGCGAAGCCCCUUUUCGGCAUGGGCAUCGAGAACUUCAUCACCUUGAUCGUCUUCUUCUUGAUCUUCGCCCUGGGGGUGCUGGGCAACUCUCUGGUGAUCACGGUGCUGGCUCGGAGCAAGCCAGGCAAGCGGCGCAGCACCACCAACAUCUUCAUCCUCAACCUGAGCAUCGCCGACCUGGCCUACCUGCUCUUCUGCAUCCCCUUCCAGUCCACGGUCUACGUGCUGCCCACCUGGGUGCUGGGCGCCUUCAUCUGCAAGUUCAUCCAUUACUUCUUCACCGUCUCCAUGCUGGUGAGCAUCUUCACGCUCUCGGCCAUGUCCGUGGACCGCUACGUGGCCAUCGUGCACUCCCGCCGCUCCUCAACCUUGCGCGUCUCCCGCAACGCACUGAUGGGCGUUGGGCUCAUCUGGGCACUCUCCUUCGCCAUGGCCUCGCCCGUGGCUCACCACCAGCGCCUCUUCCACAGUGAGAAGAGCAACCAGACCUUUUGCUGGGAGCACUGGCCCAACCCACGCCACAAGAAGGUCUAUGUGGUCUGCACAUUCAUCUUUGGCUAUCUGCUUCCGCUGCUGCUCAUCUCGUUCUGCUAUGCCAAGGUCCUUAAUCAUCUGCAUAAAAAGUUGAGAAACAUGUCAAAGAAGUCAGAAGCAUCCAAGAAAAAGACAGCACAGACUGUGUUGGUGGUGGUAGUGGUUUUUGGCAUCUCCUGGCUGCCACAUCACGUGAUUCAUCUCUGGGCUGAAUUUGGAGUUUUCCCACUGACUCAAGCUUCAUUUAUCUUCAGGAUAAUUGCACACUGCCUGGCUUACAGCAAUUCUUCUGUGAACCCGAUUAUAUAUGCAUUUCUCUCUGAAAAUUUUAGGAAGGCCUACAAACAAGUCUUCAAGUGCCAGAUAGGUAAUGAAUCACCUCUGAAUGAUGCUAAGGAAAAUAAGAGCCAGAUAGAUACACCACCAACUACCAACUGUACACACGUGUGAACUUCAGAAAGUCCUGUAUGUUGGCUCUUCAGCUAUGUGAACGAGACUUCUAGAAAACAAAGCACAAUGAGCUUUAUCCUAGCCUUUUCUUGAUAAAGCUAAUUGCUAAUAAGCUAUUUAAUGUACUGACAUUGCAUUUGUAGCAAACUUUCAUGAAACUGUUAUGAAAGAAAACUGAGCUGGUCCUUUGUAUCUUAGCUUCGCCAAAUAAAGCUCCUGGACCUUUAAAAGAUACUUCAGAAGAAAAGUUGGUGAUAUGUCUGCAUUCUUAUUCAUUAAGUGUAAGUUCUAUAAACAUUCAUGUAUAUAUACAAGGAUAUGUUGACAUGGACAAGUCACUGAACUUUCUGACAUCUUACUCUGUAGAAGUGAAGAGAUGGCUGAAUUUUCUGACUUAGAGAUAAUAAAUACUAUGGUACUAUGAUUUCAGAGAGGAAAACUUUCAUUAUCUCCGUCAGAUUGUUUUGACAAUGCUUUUUCUCUUUUUAAAGUAAAGAUGUGCUAUGAUGCUGAGUCGAAAUAACCCAUGUACAACUUGAGGUAACUGCUUUAGAGAGGCAAUGCUGAUUUUAUCUGUUCAUCUGUCUUGUUAAUGUAAAACACUGAGUGAUGAUGGACUUUUUACUACUUUGUAUGCCUACCUUACUGCAUACACAGAACUUUUGUGUACGCUAUAUAAGGUUUUAUUUAUGACCUGUAUGUAGUUGUACCAAAAUGAGGAUUUCUCUGAGGGAAGCUUUUCUAUAGUUUUUGCAUGUGUGUAUAUGUGUGUGUGCAUGUUUUGUUAACUUUGUAGACUUUGAGAUGGAGGUACAGUUUUAAAUGUGCAGUAUCUGUAUUAAUUUUAAAAUACUAUGUUUCAUAAAGAAAUUCCAAGCAAUGUUUAAGUGUUUUAAAACAACAAUCCAUUAAAAGUUCUAAGAGGGGUUUGAUAUCAAGAAACUCUAAAAUGGAAAAUUUCAGAAGGAUGUAUUAAAAUCAGUACAAAGUGCAUAAUGUAAAUGGCAGAAUCUGAAAAUUCUUAAAUAACAUGAGUGAUUUUGGCAAUUUUAUAAAUGUUCUUAAUAUGUCCUAAGCAGUAAGCCUCUAAAGAAAUAGUGGAAGAGUACUCAGUCCUUUGAAGACAUUAUUGUUCGCUGGACUAUGAUUUACCAUUUAUAUUAAUGAUCCACAGAAUCAUAGAAUAAAUCAAGCUGAAAGAACCUCUGGACAUCCUUUCAAGGCAGGGCUGCCUUCAGAUCUGGAUCACUUCCUAGUCUAGGCAUGUUUUGUAAAUUUCCAAGGAUGGCAAUUCAACAACUUUUGGUCAACCUGCAACUGGGAUUCCCACCUGCAGCUGGGAUUUCCCAUGAUGUAACUUGUGACCAUUGCCUUCUGUCCUUUCUCUGUGCAAUCCAGAAGUGUCUUCUGUCUAACCAAUCACAAUGUAAUCGAAGAUGGCAAUUAAAUUUUCUCUCAGCCUCCUCAACACCAACUUGAAAAAAUGAGGCUCUCUGUAUCUCAUCUGUUGUGAUCCAGCCCCCUGGCCUUCCACUGUGCUUGCUCCAGCCCAGCCAUCCCUCUCACAUACUGGGGUGUUUGAAAUGGGACAGCAUGUUCCAGGUAUGGUCUCACCAGCACUGAGUAGAGGGUCUAAUUGCUUCCCUAGAUCCUGUGUUUUUCUGCAGAAUUACAUUCAGUCAAUCCAAGUUUCAGGACUCUGGAUUUGGCUUUGUUGAACUUUAUACAUUUGAUAACUCUUAUCCUGUUCCUCUGGCUUAUUGAGGCUCCUCUGAAAGGAAGCCUUGCCUUUCAUUGAAUCUAGCAGUUGCCCAGGUUUGGUGUCAUCUGCAAACUUGCUGAGCGUUUCCUGCCCCCUGUUCAGGUUUUUGAUGAAGGUGUUAAAUAUUGUUGGCAAGAUACUCUGUCAGAUUCUUUUUUCUCCACAAACAUGACUAAAAAAAAAAAAAAAGUUUGGAGUGGUGAAAGAUAACUAUGGGAGAGUCUCUCCAAAUCAGUUAUGGAGGGUUAGCUGACAUGAAAACGUCUAUGUUUACAUGCAAGUGUUAUCUGCUUGGAACCAGUAAAAUAAAAUUGAAGAUGUUGAAUUAAAAAUGACGGAAUAAUAUUGCAUACAUGAUUGUGUCAGUUCCUUCAUAUGAAGAAACAGUAUGACGUUAUUGCUAGGAACACAAAAUAUAUGAAAUUAAUUAAUUGGAGAAGAAGAGCUUAUCUGUACAGCAAGCUAUUUUCUGGGUUAAAUUUGAGCUUAGGAAACAGUCUAUCACAAUUUUACAGUUUCUUUGAGCUUUCAGAUUUUUUAUGUCCUAAUCAGGUUGUUAAAUAACUAUCAGUCUUCAGAUGAGUUUAUAACAUAUUAGGUGAUCCCACAGCUUUGAAAAUUAUAUAUUUUUUCCCUUUUUUUUUUUUCUUUUACUUUAAAUAAAAAAAUACAAUUCAAAUAUAAAAAUCAUAUAAGGUUAUCAUUGUGAGUUUAUGGUUUCAUCUGGAAAAGUCUUUUUCUUAGCUGUAAAUAAUUUAAAACACAAUUGCUUGAUAGUCAACAAUGGGACUUCAUCUCUUUGAAAUUUUGAGGAUGAGGGAGUGGGGAAGACCAGCAGUAAGAGAUACUUUUGAAGCCCUACCUGAUUCCUGGUGAGUGUCAGUAAAACUUCCACCUCUUUUAUCAGAGAAACCUUAACAAGCACCUGCCACUCCAAAACUUGGUUUCUUGACUAAAGCACUCGCCUUUUAAUCAGUGUCUCUACCAUGGCUUUGAUGUAUUCAUCUGUGACUCAGAGGAUGUUAAUGUAAAAACAGUGUUAAUGUAUGCUGUGAACUGCAUCUAGCCCUUAAGUAGCAGUGGUUUAUGCCAGAAAUAUGGAUAAUUUGGGCAGAAAAUCAGCAAAUAGGCACUAAUUAUCCCUGACUAAAUGCCUGCUUUUAAGUUCUGAGUUUACUGACUGAUUAUUGUUUCUUGUGAAGAGCAAAAUAAGUUUACCAUGCUUAUUUGUCUAAUAUGCUUUGUUACAUGUUUGUAACCAGAAACACUAAUCACAGUGUACACAAAAAAAAAAAAAAAAAAGAUAUUUUCUCUAACUACGGUUGAAUUUUCCACUCAGAUCAAUAAUCCCAGUGAAUUCCACCAUAUUGUUGUAUUAAGGAGACAAUAUUAUUCCAUACAAAUUAAAAUACUCAACAGGCAUGAUUACUCUAAUUCCUCUCAAACUAAAGCAGGGUAUUCAUGUGUAAUUAAAAAAAUACUUAAAUUUAUACUAAUGUCUUAAUUAAUAUUUCUCAAAAAUUGUGAGAAUUAGAGAGCCCAAAUAAGAAAAGUUACUCACAUAUUAAUAUUUAAACUCCCUAAAUUUUUAUUUUAUGUAUUGUGUCAAAAUGGUAUUCCUUUGUGCUGUUUCACAAGUAUCUCCAAAAUUUGAAAAUAUAUUAUGCAUUUUAACACUGAUGAUAGAAGUAGUCUAUCCCAUCAAAUCAAGUAGCAGGAGUUGUUCAGUCCUUCUUAAAACCGUGCCUUAGUAGAGAAACAGAAGUUAUUUCUUUCCACAGUUUUCUCUGCAGAGUGUAUUAAACACCCUUGGAAAGGUACCACUUCUGCAGCACCUCAUGCUAAUGUGAGAAUGUCUCAUUUCUUGCACACCUUUAGCAGAGGGUGUAGAGGAGCUUAGUUCUGUCCAUCUUCUGGGGUAGUACUAGGACAUUUCAGCAGGUUUCUAGCCAAUUUUGCAUUUUAUAUUCUAGAAUUCCAGCGUGGUUUUUGUUUGUUUGUUGGUUGGUUGGUUGUUUUUGUUUGUUUGUUUGUUGUUUUAACAGUUGUUGCCUUAAAAAAAAUGUGAAAAUUUCAUUAAAAUACUGCAUCAGUGGAAAUUGUAAAGAUUUAUGUUUAAGGAGGUCAGGAAACAAUUCCAUUGAGGUUCUUCAUGCAAGGUUAGCCCUACUUAUUUGUGGAUAAGAGUUUAAAGCAUGAUAAAAGUUGUCAGCUGAACAAAAAAUUACAGCAAUGCUCUUCUUCAGCUAAUACAGCUUAAAAAAAUUUCACAUCCUUCAAGAUAUAAGUGCAGUCUUCAAGAUGUAAGGAUCCAUAUGCACACUGUGUAUAAUUAUACAUAAACAAGACUUGGAACCCAUACUCAAAAUGAAAAAAAAAAUAAUAAAUAAAAUAACAGCACUUAACAAACAGUUAAGAUUCAUCACCUAGAUUAAGUUUCAUGCAGGAUCAUCAUCUGCAAACAUGAUGAAAAAUGAUGGGAACUUUCGCACCUAACUUGACAGGAAAAUGUAUCAUCCAUUUAAUAAAUUUUAACAAAAGGAGGUGAUAAUUUUAGUUCAAAGUGAAAAUAACUCUUAAUGGUCUCUUCUAUGUGAGUCAUAACAUUAUGUAUAUGUUUCAGUCAGAAGUAUGUACUAAACAUUUAUGAUAUGCAAUAAUGGAAACAUUCAGAAUUCCUUAAAUUUCUUUCUCAUAUCAAAAAAUACAGAAGUUCCUAACAUUUUCUCAUGUCUAAGGUAGGUAACAAAAACAUGUGAAAACAGUAAACCUAACAAAAAUGUCUGAAAUUACAUACAAGAAAUUACUAUGACUGUAUAAGGAGAAAACUUUAAUGUUACAGUGUGUUCCUAUCUUUAGCCCUAAAGUUCUUUCAGUCUUUAGUAUGAUUAAAUUAAUUGGAUCAUUGAUUAUUUACCAAUCAUUCUGAAGUCUCUUCCAGAUUUAAACAUUGAGAAAAACAUAUAUAUUUCAAAACAUUUAUUUUUUUCCCAAUAUAAGACAUUUUAAUGAUUUUUAAGUUAUGACGCUUCAAGGUAUAUAUUCACUUUCACUGUACACAUGUACAUCUUUCUUAAAAUGUUAUUAUUAUUCUUUUCAUAAUAUAUUAUAUACACAUUUAGAAAAAAAAAAAAAAAGUAAUUAUCUCUAAGAGAUAAACAUAAAGCUUUGUAUAUUUAAUGUUAUAGUAAAAUAAGUCUUACUUUACCUCCCACAUUAUAGGGAAAGUGAGGGAUCUUUAUAUAAGGUAAUGUUGGAAAUGCGUUAUUUCAAACAUCAUUAUCUUCGUGGCUUAUUCACAGUAUGAUGUGUCAUGUUGUACUUAGUGGUAUUUGUUGUGUUUUGGGAAAGUAUAAAAAUAGAGAAAAGAUCCACUUCUGCCUUACACAGGUUGUGUUUGUGUUAUAUAUUCAGAAUGCAUACAAAUGUUGAAGACCAAAAAAUUAAAAUUCUGUGGUUUUUUCAGUGUAUAAUGAAUGUAGAGUAACAUGCAGUUGUUCUAAGAUAUACUCUACUUUGCAUGAUUUUUUAAGUGAUUUUUUCAAUAGAUCUGUAUUGGUUUUGCUUCUCUUCAUAAUAUGAAAUACAACCUCAUUUUCUUACAAAAUGCUUGCACAAUAUUUGAAAACAAGCACUGUCCUCAGGAAAAAAUCCAGAAAAAAAUAGUGUAUGUGAUACUCAAUAGACUUUCAUGACUAGACGUUGUUAUAGGUUGAAAAUACCCUUAUGAAAACUUAACUAAUAUAAAAAAACAUUUUCACUUUCAAGUACGUAAAUGAAGGAGGUAUGAUCCUCCAUUCAGGCUGGUAAAAGUCAAUUGAAAUUGAUUGAACUCAUUGAUAUUUCUUAUUCAAAAACAAUUUCAAUCUCUGUGACACAUUUUGCUUAAGAGAUAUAAAACCAGAGCCAGAUCCAUGUAUUUGAAUAUGAAAAGAAACAAAAUACUCCAGUGAUAUGAAAUCCAAACUUAUUUUAUUAAAUGAAAGCCUGUGUGUGGCUACACUUUCGGAAAGAUGCAGUCAAAUCAAUCUAUGUUUGUGUGUAGAUCUUGAUUAACCAAGAGAAAUGGCUAUUUCAAUACAGUAAAAAUGUCUAGAUGAGCAUGAAACCAGAACACGGUGAGUUCUAUGCCUAAUAAAAUAUACUUUUUAAAAAAAUUAAAUGUUAUCAGCAUGCAUUUAAAAUGAUGUGCACUUUAUCAGUUUUACCUACUCAAAUAUCUUGUGCAGUUCUGCACAAUCAUUUGUGGACAUGUGUACUUAACAUUUGUAGAUACAUGGGAGCAUCCUGGCCAUAUAUAUUUACAGGACUAUGAUUGAGGUCUCAUAUUAUAGACAUUGCUUAAGCUCUGUAGCAUGCUCCUCUUGAAAGAGUUUGCCUUUGUGUUGUUAUUCAAUUCACGGAUAAACAUCUAAUGAACUGUAAAAUUUGCUGUAAAAUCUCUUGUUUAGUAAUAAAUCAUCUGAGCUCCAGAGAUAAUUCAGAGAUUUCUAGCAAUACCUAUAGAGAUUUUAUUAACCUGGUUAUGUUUAAUGUUAAUAUUCUGAAAGAAAAUACAAAAAUUUUGCUUAUUUUUUGUAGAUUUCACUUUUUUGGGUGAGGUGAUAACAAGACAGUAUUAUUACUUUACAUUAAAUUUCACUGUAAAUUUAGCACAAGAAAACUGGUAAUUUUAAUACAGUAAAAUUAAAAGUCAUACAUUUAGGAGAGAAGAACAUGAGGAAAUUUUAAGAACUGAUUUUUGAACUGGCAAAUGAUGAAUUUGAAAUUGUCAGCUAUUUAAAUGUAACUCUGUAACUGAAAGAACUUGCAAAAGCCCUGAAGUUGUCAAUUCAGAACAUGGAGCUACCUUAGGUUGUGACACUGAAAACAGAGGCUUUCACAGAGAAAUUUCAGCAAAGAGAGACAGUUACUAGGUAGUUCAAUUACCUCAUGUACCUCUGUACCCAUAAAAAGAAAUACCUGGUUCUAUGCCACUCUUAGAAGAGUGGAUGAGUUAGUAGGAUCCAGUAUGGUGAAAUUAAACUAGAAGAGUUACAUCUGUAAAUAAAGUGGAAGCAUGUUAUGAAACCAUGGGUAUAAAUAACUCUAGAAAGCUUAAUCAACAAAUGCAGUAUAUUCCCCUUGCUUCAAAUCAUGUUUGAAUAUUCCUCCAAAAGAUUUUAUGUAUUUAAGUCUCCAUGUGUGGACUAGCUGGUAAAGUAGCUUAAGUAGCUUAAGUGACACAGUAUUUAGAUCUGACGAUCAAAAUGGUCCCUUCUGGCCUUACUCUAUUAGUAUUCUUACCCUCAUUUUUGUAAUUAACAGUAUGAGAGCUAUACAGAUAUUAAGAAGUUCAUCACAGAGCUGAACUAUUAUUCAGUCUAAAAGUGAUCAUCUGAAGAUGUAUGUAGAGUAACUCAAUAAUUGGGCUACAUCCUGGAAAUACUGUACAGCAAUUAACAUGGUUGAAAUCUUUGUCAUAUGUAUUGCCAUUGCUAGAGAAGGAAGUAAAAUGAUACUACAUGCUUUUCUCAUUUCACCUAGUUAUUUUUUGCCAUAAUUACUUAAAAUGUAAUCACUGCAUUACUUUUGCAUAGCAAAUUACAGUUUUCAUGAGAGCUACAAGCUGACUGUUGCUGGCACAUUCAAAGCACCUGGCAGUAAUUGUGUUUCAGUCCAUAAAUCAAAGCUGAGGCUUUUUACCAACCUGUAGGGAAACUGUGUUGGAAAUAUUUUCAAGCUAUGUGCUCUCACAAUCAUGUUUACAAUUCAGUUCUGCUUAAAAAAAGCACUGUAGAAACUAAUGCUAUACUGAACAUAUAUGAUCUGCCACUGCAUUUCUGAUAGAACAGUCAGAAUAUUGGGGAGAUUUAUACAGGUUGGCUGAUUAGAUAGACCUGAUUAAUGUCCUGAGUGAGUUAGGAAUAAGAGCGUCAAAAUCUCUGCUGUUUUAAAUUCUUCUCCCCUGCAGGAGUCGUAUAAUGCUCUGUUCACAGCAUUCUGUCAUUUUGGAGGAGUUCCCCUUAACCUGAUAUGAGCAAUUAGACUGUACUUCAUGUACUACAUGCAUCUCUAGAAAAGAGACAUCUAGCAAAGAGACUGCUACUAGUACUACUGAAGAAUAUACAGAGAAGGCCCUUGGUUUUCACCUCCCCAGACCCUCAGUGCUCCAGGAGAACAGCAAAGACAUUGUUCUGUCCCAUGGUAAGUAAGCAGCCUAACUGGGAUCUUGAGCAUCAAAGAAAAGACCUGUGUACUUUCAACCCCGAAAUCUGUGAUUCUUCAACAUCACAGCAGUCACAGGAAUGCUUUUUCUCACUCCUCCCCAUAUGUUGCCAUCUGUCAUCUUAGGUAAAAUUCAUCUUGCUCUAGCUAUUCAAAUAAAUUAAUCCCACAACUCUGUGUAAAGACAAAAUAUGUUUUUAUAGAUCCAAGGGUAUUCUGAUAAUAUGGUCUCAUUCAGUAGACGAAAAGUAGUACCUAAUUAUUAACAUCAGAGCAGGAAGAAAAAAGAAUAGGUGGAGAGGGAGUAAAUGUUCAAGAACAACAGUGUUGUUGAAGAGAAUAUACUCAAGACUCGAACUUUAAACUUCUACAUAGAGAAUACCUUCUGAGAAGUUUUCUGAUGAUCUAUUAAUUUAUUAAUAUAACAAAUGAGCAGAAUCUUCUGUUUAGGUCAUUAUUGACUUUGGUCAUUAUUUUGUAUGUAGUUGUCUCUCAAUAUCUUGAAUAAGCCUUGCAGAAUCAUGUUUCUAUUACCUUGUUCCUUGUUGCUCUAAAAAGCUGUCCCAAGAUGUGUUCUCUGCUGCUCUUGUAUUCAUGUGGAUGAAGAGUUAAAUGUUUUCUGUAACUCCUGUGGUGAUCAUAAAAUAAAAAGGCUUAUUUUACCUCCA